UCCAAUCGAAACGCAACAGGUGCAAACAGAGCGGCAUCAAUGGCUGACUGUUGAAGCUCAAACUUCAGGAACGCUUGACCAGUCUCAUCCGCUAUACUUCCAAAAACGAAAGGGAAAGCAAGAAGACGAGCUCGAAAACAGAGACCAUGGAAGGGGGAGGCGACACAACCCUCUACCUGCAACUCCACAAGCUCUCCAUCGCCGCGACCUCUGAAGAAGCAAUCGACGCCAUACUCGCCGCUCUCUGGCGGACCAGAAGGACCGGCCUCGGGCCUCCGGACAAAUCCCACAUCCAGUCUCUGCUCGGCCUCCCUUCCGCUUCCGAAGUCGACCCCGUUUCGGCGUGCCUGCGUUCUCUCAUCAGGAAAUGCGCGAACGACGACUUCGGCGAGAGCGAUCUCUUGAAGCUGUUUCCGCCCGACUUACCGGCUAGUCUGCAGGGCCUUCUCGUGUCAGCGCUGCUGAAGCAUAAGAAUCAGUGGAGGGAGGAAAAUUCUAGAGAGCAGCACUCAAUACCGCAUACCAGCAUUUCCUAUCAGGUCAAAUCAAGCAUGCCACCUACUUUCACAACUUUCCCAUCUUCAGAAACUUCAGCAUCUUCUCAGCCUCGCCAAGCGGAUCCGUGUUUCGACUUCAACUGCAGAGGCGGUGGUGGCAAUGCAACAAUCACUGCUGACUCUAACGUGUCGGCACCCAUCUCUCUCCAACGUGAUGUUGGUGCUCCUGAAAAUACGGCUACUGUUCCUCGGUUUGGUGAAAUGAAUUGGAGGAUCGAGAAGCAAAAAGCAUCAGCCAAUAAGGUGGCUGCAGUCACCCUGAAGUUGCAAGACCACUCCAAGUCUCCUUUAAGAGAAAAGGAAGUGAAGUUUCAGCUUACGAGAGAAACACUCGAAGCAAUGUUGAGAUCAAUGGCUUACAUCAAGGAACAACUUUCUAGCAUGGCUGGGAGUUCAGUAGAGCCAUUGCAGAAGAAGCAAAAGCAGUAAAAGCGUUAUGCUUUUCUUCUUAGGGUUCUGUAUACGAAUUUUUACGGUAGUGUAGACUACUGCUUGGAAGGCAGUCUAAUUUCAGAGUAGCUUCAUCCGUACAUGUAAUUUUACUUUGUGUACAUUAGUCUUGACAUGUCAUUGAAUAUUCUGUUGGAUGCUAUUUCAAUGAUAUUCGAUUCUUGCA